AUGAUCUCCUGCCUCGUUGGUCUGCUCAUCAUGGCCAAUGCCGCCGAUGAGAUUGAGAAGAAGUCGUUCCUGGAGGCGCAGAACAAGUGUGGGGAGACCGCCUUGCACCACGCGGUCAGGCGGGCCUGCAUGAUGCAGAGCAAACGCGAUGCAUCCCACAGGAGCAAUAGCGUGGAUUGCAUCGACAAGCUGAUGACCAUGGAUCCAUGGCUGGCCUGCAUUCCAGAUGAUGAUGAGGACGGUGCUUCUCCGUUGUACCUGGCCAUCUCGUUGGGAGAAAUGGAGAUUGCACAGCGCCUGUCUGACAAGAGCAAAGGCAAGCUGUCCUACUCCGGACCAGGUGGACGAAACGUCUUGCAUGCGGCAGUUUCCUGUGCAAAUAAUGUCCAAGCAUGA